GAGAAGGGUCAAGCGAGACAAUCUGUGUUUUAGCUCACCUACUGCCAUGGGUUGUGGAGGAUCAACUGCCAAGCCCUACAUUCCGCACGAAGAUGCACCUGAUCCAACUGCCCCAAAUGCAGGCAAGCAGCAUGAUGUGAAGGUCGAUGGCGGCGCGGCAUUCACUAUCUCGCAGCACGCUGGGCGUGUACAUGAAGGUGAUCCUGUCCGCCUGAAGGGGCAAGGAUUUUUACCCUUUGUGCGCUUCGACACUUCAGCAGUUCCACCUCAGAUCAAAGGUGGGGAUCAUAUCUACUUGGUUUUCACAUACUCUGAAGUGGCCAUUGAGGGACGAGGCGAUGCCAUUGUGGGUGAAGGGACUGAGCUGAAAAGCUCUUGUCUAUUCCGAGCUUGGAGAAAGGAUGGUACAAACACGGUCUUUCAAGACGGAGACGAUGUCUUCUUCGAACAUGUCGACAGCGGAAAAUACCUCGAAGCAGCCACGGACACAAAGCCUUUGAGCUUAGCAGACAAAGAUGAGAAUUCUGCUGGCCAACUCUUUGGUUUUUUCAAGCAGGGCAGGCCUAUGGAAAUGAAGCACCGUGACACUGUGUACCUUCAGACUUGGUUACAUCACUACAUCGAGUACAGGUAUUUCGAAGACAGCAACUUGUACGCGAAGAGGUGGCAGCGAAGGGAGCCGCAGACGCUCACGGUUGUGAAGAAAGCUGUGUUGGAUUCCUCGACGACGGAAGUUGCCCGCAGAUUCCAAUUCCAAGCUUUCGACUUGGACGGAAAUGGAUCGAUCAGCAAGAGCGAAAUGGACAUGAUGCUCACGCUUGUUCGUGGAGAGGUUCCCACCAAAGAAGAAGUUGAUGAAAUCAUGGUCAAGGCUGAUCCAGCUCACACAGGAAGCAUCCCUUUUCCGGCUUUUGCAUCGUGGGCUGAUGGUGGGGGCAUGUCCGAAGAGGAACUCAAUCAUGCGGAGGUCCUUGGAAAUGUGGCCCAGCGCUGCAAUGAUGCAUUGUACGAAGAAAAAUGCCUGAUUGAAGUGCUUGGAACAGUCGACGGGCCGAAUGUGCAGAACAUGUGCCAGAAAUACACGGACACCUUGAAAUCAGGCGACGUGAGUGAAAAGAUUGUUGCAAAAGCUGCAGCUGAGUCCGAUGGGUGGUUCUUUUCUGGGAACUGGAGGAACUGUAUGAAAGCUUUGCUGGAGCCAGAGGUGGACUUAUGGGUCCGUUGCCUGAACGAUGCAAUGAAGGGCUGGGGAACGGACGAGAACUCGUUGACGGCCCUUGUGUGUACCAUCCCCGAGCGACUUCGAAUCCCUAUCUUCAAGAAGUACUACGAAACCGUCGGGAAAGGGUUGUUGGAACACAUUGAAAGCGACACUUCCUUCAGCUACAAAAAGGUGCUGGUAUGGCAGGCAAUGAGCCCGGACGAAUGUCGCGCCAAGAUCUUGAACAAAGCAAUGGUCGGCCUUGGCACAGCCGAAGAUCAGCUCAUACGUGUCAUUUCCCAGUUGAACUUUGGAGAGCGAAGGGAAGUGAAAGAAGCGUAUCAGCGAAUGUUUGGAAAAGACUUGGUCGAACACAUCAAGUCCGAGACCUCAGACGUGUUUACUUCGAAAGACUUUCAAAAGGCGUUGCUUUGCAUGCUGCAGGCGGAGGAAGCAUCCUUUGAUAUUGAAGCUGACUGUGCGGCCAUGAAGGAGGCGAUGGAAGGUUGGGGGACAGACGAGACGAAACUUACGCAGAUGAUUUGCAACAAGUCGUCCAAGCAGAUGGAAGAUGUCAACGCAAAAUUUAAAGAAUUGUACGACAGGGACUUGCUGGAGUGGGUGCAAAGUGAAACCAGCGGCUACUACAAGGAUACGUUGAUUGGUUGCAUCCGACAUCCCAUGAAGCAGCUGGCCCAUGCAGUGAGAGACUGCAUGAAGGGCUGGGGGACAGAUGACGAGGGCUUAAUCACAUGCUUGGUGCAUUUGGAAGAUUUCAAGAAAGCAGCGUUGAUCAAAGAGUACCAAGCAGAGUUUGGCCGUGAUAUAUUCGCGGAUAUCAAAAGUGAUACCAGUGGUGACUACGAAAGGGCGCUGUGUGCACUUGUAAAGCCUGCGCCGCAAGUUUGGGCAGAAGCCUUGACUGGUGCAAUGAAGGGAUUUGGAACAGCAGAUCAGCUGCUAAUCAAUUUCAUGGUUCUGGCAAAGGAAGACAUGAUGGCUGUACGAAAGGAAUUCCACAAGAUCAACAACAAGAUGCUUGAGGACUGGAUUGAAGCAGAGACAAGUGGUGACUACAAGAACACCUUGCUCAUGUUGGCUGGGCGCAACAGUGAGGAUACAAUCAACAUUGCUCCUGUCUACUGGGCGCAACGAUGCAAAGAUGCCUUGUUCAACGUGGACACAUUGAAGGAAGUGUUGGUCGCCAUGCCUGCAACCGCGAUCAAGCGACACACAGAGCUCUACGAAAAGGUCUAUGGUGCCUCCUUGAAGGCUGAGGUUGAGAAGAAAUGCAAAGAAGAAAGUGGCACCUUCAUUGUCUUUACCAAUUGGUGGAAACACGCAAUGGCCACGCUCUUGUGUAUGCCAGUGGAGCUUUAUGUCCGUGGGCUCUGGGAUGCAAUGCACGGUUGGGGCACGGAUGAAUAUACUCUGAGCGCUUUGGUUUGCACGCUUCCAGAGAACUUGUACGAUGAGAUUCAUGGGCUGUAUGAGAAGGAACACAACAGGAAACUGGUGGAACACAUUUCGUCAGAGACUUCGUUCAGCUACAAAAAGGUCUUGAAGUUCCAGGCGAUGAAGUGGGCAGAAAGUCGAGCGACAGCUUUGCAUGGCGCAAUGGCUGGUUGGGGUACAGCUGAAGAUCAGCUGAUUCGAAUCAUCAUAUGCGCAAAUUUCAAGGAGCGUCAAAUCAUCAGGGAGACGUACAAGCGCAUGUUCAGCAGGGAUCUCAUUGAGCAUAUUGAGUCCGAAACUAGUGGCAAUUUCAAGAACAUCCUGGUUGCUGUCCUGAAGUCCGUCCAUCCUAGAGCAUCCUUGGAUUACGACAAAGAUUGUGAUGACCUGAAGGCCGCCAUGGACGGCUUGGGCACCAAUGAGAAGGCCAUUAUUCAGAUAGUGGCCGGUAAGACACCUCAGCAAAUUGAAACGCUGAAAGCCAAAUUCCAAGAGAAAUUUGGUGAAGACUUGUACAAGAGGAUCGAUGAUGAGACUUGGGAUUGGGGCAUGAGUAUGUUUGUGGGAACAAAUUUCCGGCAAGCAAUGCUUGGUUUGCUUCGGGAGCCCAUUGAGAGACUUGCAUGUGCCGUACGGGACUGUAUGGUGGGCUGGGGCACUGAUGACACUGGAUUGAUCACUUUGCUGGUGCAUCUUUCUGAGAGACAACGCCGAGAUCUAGUCUCCAAAUAUGCAGAAAUCAAAAAUGGAGGGGACCUGUACAAGGCUAUCGAAAGUGACACCAGUGGAGACUAUAAGCGAGCUUUGCUGGCUUUGGUCAAGCCACCUCCACGCGUAUGGGCUGAAGCAAUUAUGAGUUCCAUGAAAGGCCUUGGGACGUCAGACAAUUUGCUGAUCAAUUGGAUGUGCAUCGCAAAGGAACGCAUGGACGAAGUGCGGGAGCACUUUCAAGAGUUAGAUGGCAGGGGUCUGGCCAAGUGGAUUGAAGGAGAUUGCAGCGGCGACUACAAGGACACCCUGAUUCGUCUUGCAAACCGGUGUUGCGAACGAUUUGCUGGUCAAGAGGUUGGCCUCAGCAUUGCGCCGCCAAUGACAAAGGAGGAUGCUAUACUCAAAUUCACCACUACAUUCAACAAGCUAUGCCGGCGUCGAAAAGAAAAGGGAGACAACCUUAUCCCGGCAGAGGAGGACCAGCAGGCCAUGGGCAAUGCUUUCUUGUACUAUGGUUCGCUGUCCAGCUGUGCGCCCAACCUUGACAUUCCGGGCUUGUGGGACUUGACGAAUGCAGUUGGCUUCCCGCCUGGCGAUGAUGGUCCCGAUCUUGUGGCCACCUUCCAUGAGUGGGACGUCAGCGGAACUGGAGAGAUUACCUGGAACGACUUUGUCAGAGAGAUGACAACACGUAUCAAUGAUCCGAAUCACUUCGAGGCAGACCCGUUGCCAGAGACCAUCGACGGUAUCUCGAUUCCAGAUAGACCGCUUGGUGACAGCUGGAAGAACAUCAAUCACAACGCCUCAGAUGACGGAUAUGAGAAGUUUGACGGUGGUGAUCCCAAUCCUCCAGCUCCGCCACCUCCUGCGCGUCCGGACAUGUACGCUGCAUUCUGCGAUGGAAGCUGGAAGGAUGUGCUCAAGUCGGUCGAGCCUGAAGUUGAUGGUGCAGGCUUGCUGUCUGGGCUUUGGGGAGAGUGCAUAGCGGCCGCAGUUCGAGUUGAACGCACGGAGGAUUGGCAAGGCCGCUUUCCAGAUAUGCCAGUGGGGCUUGUGAUUGAUUACAUGGCGUCCUUGGGUCAUGGUGGAUUUCAGGGAGCUGCAGAGGGCAAAGAACAGGCUUGCGCGGCAGCGCUGUGAGGUUUGCAGCCAAAAAUUUGGGCAGCAAGUGCCUGGCAGGCGCAUGUAUCCAA